CUCUUCGAGUGCGAAGGAUUCGCGGACGCUUGCGACCUGUAGUACUGGAAAAGAAGACGCUUAGGGUUUGACGACGGCCGCCACCUAAGAAGGAUCUCCAGAUUCCGCUGCUCGCACGGGUCGAUCCUGAAUCUCCGAUCGCCUUGUUUCUGGUUUCGGAAUCCGAUAGAUCGUGACCGGCGGAGAUGGGCGACGUCGAAGACGAGCUCAGGGACUACAAGAUCAUUAAGGAAGGGGAGGCCGAGAUCCUGAUGCAUUCCAGCAACACCGUCUUCUUCAACAAAGCCCAGGUCUACAACCGAGAUAUGUCCAUUGCUGUUUUGAGGACUUAUAUUGCUAAGUGCAAGGAAGAGCAUGAUGCAUAUUUGAGCAAAAAGGGUAGACUAGAAAAUAAGGUUCCUGAGGAAAAAAAUUCUGGAUCUGUUGCAAAGAACGACAGUAUCACUCAGGAUGCAGAGGCUAAUGGAGAUACUGAUGUACAACAAGAUCAAUCUCUAGAUGAGACAGAAAGUAUUUCAGAAGGAUUCAUAAGGAUGCCAUCUUGGAAAGGUUCUCAAGAACUUAAGGCGCCAAGAGUCCUUGAGGCUUUGGCCGCUUCUGGACUAAGAGCUCUGCGAUAUGCCCGUGAGGUGGAUGGAAUAGGGCAAGUUAUUGCUCUGGACAAUGAUAAAGCAUCCAUUGAAGCUUGCAAGAGAAACAUAAAAUUUAAUGGUUCUGUUGCAUGCUCAAAAGUUGAAGCUCAUCUUGCUGAUGCUCGUGUUUACAUGCUCACUCAUCAGAAAGAAUUUGAUGUGGUUGAUCUUGAUCCUUAUGGAUCACCAUCUGUAUUUUUGGACUCAGCAGUCCAAUCAGUUGCAGAUGGAGGCAUCUUGAUGUGCACAGCUACUGAUAUGGCAGUUCUCUGUGGAAAUAAUGGGGAGGUUUGCCAUUCAAAGUAUGGUUCCUACCCUUUGAAAGGGAAAUAUUGCCAUGAAAUGGCUUUGCGGAUCCUCUUGGCAUGCAUUGAGAGUCAUGCAAACCGUUACAAGCGACAUAUUGUUCCUAUCCUCUCUGUCUAUAUGGAUUUCUAUGUUCGAGUUUUUGUUCGGAUAUAUACCUCCGCAAGUGCAAUCAAAGAAACACCUCUUAAACUCUCAUAUGUUUACCAGUGUGUUGGCUGUGACUCUUUUCAUCUCCAAAGUGUUGGGAGAACAAUUAAUAAGGACAAAAGUGUGAAAUCUGCACCCGGAUAUGGUCCUGUGGUUCCUCAAGAGUGCAGCGAUUGCGGAAAGAAAUUUAACAUGGGUGGUCCAAUAUGGUCUGCUCCUAUGCAUGACAAGGAAUGGAUAUUUUCUAUUUUAGCAAAUGUCAAAGCUAUGAAGGAAAGAUAUCCUGCUUAUGAAAAAAUUUCUGCUGUGCUAACUACUAUAUCAGAGGAAUUACAUGAUAUUCCUCUCUUUGUAAGUCUCCACAAUUUAUGUUCGACUCUCAAGUGCACUUCCCCAUCUGCAGUUUUGUUUCGUUCUGCAGUGCUGAAUGCUGGAUAUCGUAUCUCAGGAAGUCACGUGAAUCCUCUGGGGCUGAAAACUGAUGCUCCAAUGGAUGUUGUUUGGGACAUUAUGCGUUGUUGGGUCAAGAAUCAUCCCAUCAAAGCACAACAAGCAGACAAGUCAGGAACAGUGAUACUGUCCAAAGAACCAAAACUACAAGCAAAUUUUGCUCGAGCAGCUGCUUCACUCAGCAAAGCAAAAGUCAAGAAGGAGGUGAGGUAUCUUCCAAAUCCCGAGAGGCAUUGGGGCCCUAAGGUUAGGGCAGGUAGGCAAAUUACAAGCAAGCACUGCUCUUUAUUGGGUCCAGAUGUAGUGAGCGGGUCUCUAGACCAAGAAGCUGAUGGAUCAUCUGAGGCAGUGGCAGAUAAAUUAGCUGAAGGACCUGCAACGAAGCGUCAAAAGACUGUCGAUGUGUCUGCAUCACAAUCAUGAUGACAUUUGGUUGUCGAAUGAUGAUGUUUUUGAAACUUGGUUGUGCUAAAUUAAUCCAAUGCCAGUUCACGUCAUAGUUUUUAGUUUCCCUGGUUAUCCUGCUACCUGAAGGGUAUUGGAGAAAGAGGAGCAUGUAAGCAAAGCUGAUUUGUGAAUUCUUGUCGAGUUCAAUUUACAAGUUUUGACCGAAGCAAAUUAAAUUUAUGAUUCUUUUA